UAGGUGAAACAACACUCACCUGUCCGCACCGAGAGGAAACAGGCUCGUGCUCAGAACCGGACACAUGCACCGGGAGAACGUGCCGCUCGGUCUGUAACGUGACACGUUUUGGCGGGUUUGUUUUUCCGGUGUUCGUGCGGAUUGUUUCCACGAAGAAGAAACACGAUGCGAGAUGUUCACCUGAACAAUGAGACGUGCACGAACGGGUCGGUGGUCCGGGUAUGGUGCGGCUCUCAGUCUGUGGUGUGUUCACUCAGCAGAGAUCAAACGCUGUUCUACACAACGGACAACAACAGCACACACACCACAGAUGUGCAAUCAGACGUUACCUACAACCCGUGGCUUGGCCUGACGCUGGCCCUGCUGUCGGCCUUCCUGAUUGGUGGGAGCGUCAUUCUGAAGAAGAAAGCUCUCCUCCGAUUGGCCAGCAACGGACACACCAGAGCAGGUGAUGGAGGUCACGGCUACCUGAAGGACUGGCUGUGGUGGGGCGGCCUGUUGACCAUGGGAGCUGGAGAGGUCUGUAACUUUGCCGCCUACAUGUUCGCUCCGGCCACGUUGGUGACGCCACUCGGCGCUCUGAGCGUCCUCAUCAGUGCGGUUCUCUCCUCCUACCUGUUGGGGGAGGUGUUGAACGUCGUCGGGAAGCUUGGCUGUGUGCUGUGUGUGCUGGGGAGCAUCUUGUUGGUCAUACACGCGCCACAGGAACAGGAAGUGACAUCACUGCAGGACAUGACCAAUAAGCUGCUGGAGCCCGGUUUCCUUGUGUACGUGUCGGCCGUGUUUUUGCUGUGUGCGGUGCUCGUCUUCUAUUUCUCUCCUCGGGUUGGGAGCUCCAACAUCCUGGUCUACAUCAGCAUCUGCUCGCUGCUGGGAGCCUUCACCGUCUCCUCCGUGAAGGGCCUCGCCAUCGCUAUCAACACCGUGUUAUAUGAUAUUUCAGUGCUCGCCAGUCCUCUCACCUGGAUCCUGCUCGUCACACUCAUCGUCUCCAUAGUAACACAGGUGAACUACCUGAACAAGUCUCUGGACACCUUCAACACCCUGCUGGUCUACCCCAUCUACUACGUCCUCUUCACCACUGUGGUUCUGUCCACCUCCAUCAUCCUCUUCCAGGAGUGGAGGAGCAUGGCGGCCGUGGAUGUGGUCACCACGCUGGGGGCGUUCCUGGUCAUCGUGGUGGGCGUGUCCAUGCUCCACCUGUUCAGAGAGCUGCAGUUGACGAUGAAGCAGCUGACCAGUCAGCUGUCUCAGCCGGUGGAGAGGGAGGGGCUUGCAGACGAGGUUUCAGCCAAUGGACGACCAGCAGCAGCAGGAGGAGGAGGAGGAGGAGGAGGAGGAAGCAGGAGUAAAAAGGAGGAUAAAUAUGGACUGAUGGACAACAUGGUGAUAGAGAGUCUUCCUCCUAUGAGAGAGGAAGGGCCGAGAGUCUUCAUCAUCAGCUGAGAGGGACAGAGGUUUGUGUUUCCUGUCUGGGCGGGGCUGUCGUCCUCGCGCUGAUACUGUAAAUCUGUGUGCACUUUAUUUUAACGGCCUCUAGUCUGACGACGUUUCAGUUCACCACCGACGUCUGUCAGCGUUCAAAACAAAAUUUACUGUAAAGGUUCUGAAACCAGAGAAACUGAGUCACUGCACACGUCCAAAUACUGGAUAUAAACUGUCCAAGAGUUAUUUAAGACUGACUGAAAUCAAACUGUUUAAACCAACUGUGGAGGACAUGUGAGACACUUUAUUACGUCGAUGUAUCUCUGAACAGGCUCACCGGGUUCAGGAUUCAAAGAGACAUCAAACAGCUACAGAGAGAAUUAAUGUGACCACAAAUACACAGAAAAGGAUCAAAAAGAGACACAAAGAGAUGCAAAACAAUAAUCAACAGAAUUAAUACAACUUCAGAGACACAAAAAGAAAUGACAAAGAUGGCUACAAAGAUGUAUAGGACGACUACAAAGACACAUAACAUCUGCAAAGAGACAAAACGACUACAAAGAUACAUUAAAUGACGUCAAAGACACAAAACAACUAUAAUGAGACACCAAGCAGCUACAAAGAGGCACAACCUCAAAGGCACAAAACAACUGCAAAAAUACAAAACGACUACAAAGAUGCGUAAAACAACUUCAAAGAGACAAUAAAGGACUACAGAGAUGUAUAGGAUGACUACAAAUACACAGAUCAACGAUAAAGAGAACUGAGACGAUGACAGAGACACAAAACAACUUCAGAAAGAUUCAACAAUAGAAAAUAAAGAGGUGAAAUGUUUUGCGUAGAUGAAAGUGUAUUAAAAUAAUGAUGUAUUGAAUUGUUACGUUGCCAUAGUAACGAUAGACACUUGAAAUGACCAGUGUAAACUGGACGUCUGUUGCUCCUGUUGAAGGAGGCGACAGGUGUGUUCAGUAACACCAGGAAACAUAUAUGAAACCUUUAGUUUCCCUCAGUGACCUCAUCAGCCUUCAGCCAUCAAUCAUCAACCAGCUGCUUUAUUUAAGUCUCGUCUUCAUGUCUGAUUGAAAUGAAUCAGCUGUUCAGAGUUUCUUCCUGUCGACAAAUCCCUCAGAAAAAAUAAAAGUCUCUCAGUACUCUGAGUUUCCUCCUGUCUGUGGCGAAUUUUAUAAAACCCAACACUGCAGCUGAUGAUCACCUGACGAUCACCUGACGAUCACCUGACGAUGUGAACAGUAGCUGCUGUGUGAGGACUCCACCUGACACCUGCUCUGACCUGAGAUCAGUUUAAAUAAAUAACAAGCUGCAGUGUAUUGAGGUCACACACACAGGUGUAACCAGAGAGCGCAGACCUCGGCUCUGUGUGUACGUUUCACUCUGCUGUACAGUAACUACACCUCAAAUCUACGUCUCAGGUAGAAUCAAACAACACAGGUGGUUUACCUCUGAAGCUCCAGAGCUGUGUGCAGAAACGUUAACGUGCAGCACUGCUGUUUGUUUGACAUCAUUCUCAUGUACAUAUUGUGUUUAUUUUCAAUCAGGGACAAAAAAAUCUGUCUUUGCAUUUUAUUUUGAUCAGUCUGUUUUUACAAAAGUGCUCCUGACGUCUGUAAAGAGGCUUUGACUCGACAUGAGAGACAUGGAGCCCUUCGGAGACACACACCCAUCAGCCAGAACAUUCACACCACAGGUGAAGUGAAGAACUGUGGUUAUUCUGUUGCACCUUUGGUUCAUUCAUGUGGAUACCACCUGACAUGUUCACCCACUCAAACACCGGUCAGUGAUCGGUGUGUAUCGUUCAUCGCCGGCCAGCCUGAAAAUACAGAGAUAUGAGCCCUGAUUCUCAGAGUGAAGGCAGCCUGAUGAAGGUGUCGGCCGAUAACAAUCAGUUUUAGUUCGUUUUGAGAUUAACGUCUCGUCUAUUUAAGUCGGGGGUCGUCAGCCUUCGCUAUCCAAAGAGCCAUUUUUGGCCAAAAAGGAUUAAAAAAAUCUGCCUGGAGCAGCAAAACAUAUUUGAUCAUAUCAUAAUAAAACUUACAGCCAGUUCAUCAACAUCACCAACUGAUCUGAACGAGCGUUCACCAACAUGUUUCAGUUCAGGCAGCUCCUCUGCACUCAGAUAGUUAUCAUUAUUUGGUGCUUGAACUCUGCAGCGUUGCCGAUGGAAGCAAACCAGCCUGUCGGUGCACCGUUAAAGUCUCUUUUUUCCUCUGAGAUUUUUUCCCUUUUUGGAUUUAGAGUCCACAGCGAGGAAGACUCAAGACAACUGUCGCCAUCACCCGUGCUGUUGUGGAGGAAGAGGCUCCAGGCCAGACGUACGACACGUUUUAGUGGAUGAAAUGUUUUUUUAAAUCGCUACACAGGCUGCACAUUUAUACAGCUGAAGAAUGUGAGAUUCACUUUAAGCCUACAGAAUAAAUGAAAAUUGAAAAUGUAUUUAUAAUUUAAUUUCCAUGUAGGUUUCUGUUGAAGCCACAGGGAGCAGCUGGAGAGCAGCACGUGGCUCCAGAGCUGCAGGAUGCCGACCCCUGAUAUGAUAAACCCCUGGUUUAAGUCACCACAACACAUAAUGAAAUAUUAAUAAUCAGAAGAAAACACUGAACUUAUUGUUGACUCUGAUCUGUUCUGUGGAUUUGUUGACAAUUAGAAAAAUACAGAAUAUCAGCAGAUUUAUUCUUUGUUCCUCCCAUCGCACUUUAUUCACUUUAACGAUCAUUUCAAAACCUUUAUGGACCUAAAACACAUUUCAUGACUUUAAAUGAAUGAUUAUAAAGAUACAAAUCUGAUAUCAGACGUCACUGUAAUAAUGUGAAACAUUUAUCCAGUUUUAUUUUUGUUAGUUUGUAUUUUGUGUUGAGCAGUGACUGAGGUCGUUUUCUCAUCAGCACCACUAACGAAAUAUUUCAAAUAUUAGUCGUUAGUUUGUCGUCGUCAGACCAGAGGCCCCGAGGUCAAACAGAUCAGGUUGUUUUAAAUGAAGGAAAAAGAAAAUCAAAUCAGGGAAUCGACCUGGUUUGUAGACGAUGAGAGACUCUGUGGUUUCAGGAGACGACAGAGUUCAGAGUGAGACGUCUCUCUGCUUCUUCUUCGUCUUCUUCUUCUUCCUGUUACUGACUCGUCUUCUGGUGUUUCAGAUUGUGUCUGAACGUCCUCUCUGCCGACAGCUGGAGUUUAUGAAGCAGCCGACACACAGACUCUGAAAUAUUCUGACCAUCGUUGAGUGUUUUUAUAACCUCAGUCUGUCUCACAGCUCAGGCAGUAGAGCCACACUGAGCUGCAGAACAGUCCAGUCAGUAUGAGAGUGCAGUGGAACAACACAGGCAUAAUGAAUACAUACAGAGUGUAUAUAUGAACACACUCGAUGAUGGUCAGUGUAUUGAUGUGUAACGUGUGUGUGUGCGCAGCUGAAGACUCGUCUGCUGAUGACGCUCAGAGGAACAAACCAAUCAGACUCAUUAUUGACUCACAGAGUUUUGAUGCUGCAAACUUAAAGGAACGUUGUGCUGCUCUGCUCUGUUCAUGGCUGACACACAACACUUUGCAUUAAUGCCGUCAGUUAGAGGUUAUGAUGUCACAGCAGGUGAAACUUCACUCAGGUGAACACACUUCCUCUCUGAGCGUCAGGUGUUCAGAUUGAUUCUCUGUAUGCUAAAUAUGUAGCCACAGCUGCUUAGCUUAGCUUAGCUUAGCAUAAAGACUGGAAACAGGGGGAAACAGCUAGCCUGGCUCUGACUACAGAUUAGAUCCACUGAUCAGUUCCUGUACAGCUCACUGAGAAACAUGCUGAUCCUGGUUUAAUCUGAGUAAAACCUGCAGACUGCCGUCGGGUUCGAGCCGCGGGUUACACAACAAACUGUUUUUACUCUUUAGUUUCUGAGCAGGAUCAACAAACAAGUCAGGUACGGAUAUACCGACUUAAUUUGAAUUUUGUUUUUUGCAGGAUGUAGAAAAUCUCAACAUCGAGACAGUCGAAUCAUUACGAUGCCACAAAAUGGAGCAGAUGCGUUAACCGUCUUCUGUCGGGUUCAGACCACAUGAUAUCAGCCUGGUUACAGCCCAACGCGGCGUCGUACUGUGCCGGCUCAGAUCGUGAACGAGUGUUGUACUGAUAACCCAUGCUUUCAUCUGGUGUAGUGUGUCAUAGUAGACAACAACUGACGCCACGUCUGGGACGCCUCACGACGUCCCGCAGAAAGUCUAACAUGUUUGAUUUUCUUCUCCCGUCACAGCCGUCACUUUGACCAAUAGGAACACAGAACGAUCUGUUGCCAUGGAAACUGUAGGACAACAACAGCCCAGCCUUGUAGAUAUUUCCUGUAGGGACGUUAGCACACAGAGUAAAAAGGAAACAGCAGAAACGACAUUAAAGAGGACUGUGUGAACAGGCCGAGGGUCCAGGUGCCACGUCUGAAGGGUUAGUGUCGGUCAGACGUGCUGGACUCAAAGGGUUUAACUGUUCUGUCAUGUAGCGGAGUUGCUAACGUUAGCUCGCAGCCAGCCUGCUGAUGUCCCGCUGAUGGCCUGAAACAGAUUAAACUUGCGGUCUGAUCUCUGUUUAGUUGGAGCCGUCUGUUUGAAUAAUUCGUAUGAAGAAGAGUUAAAAAACAAAUAUGAUGCUCAAUCGCGUUUUAAUCUUCGUACAUCUUGUAGCAAAACAAGCUUGAAAAAAGUUGAUUUAAUAUUUUAACUAUUCAGAAAAAAAAGCUGUUUCCAGUCUUUAUGCUAAGCUAAGCUAAGCUAAGCUAAGCUAACUGACUGUAGCUUCAUAUUUACUGUACAGACAUGAGUGUCAAACUCUCUGAACUGUUCCUUUAACUUCACAUCAUCAGAACAAACUUUGACAACAGAAAACAGACGUAUUUUUAUUUUUUAUCUGCAGCAGAUUUUUAGUUUCUGCAAGUUUGUAUUUUAAAAUUAUUUUUAACCAAAUUUGGCUUUUGAGGAAGCAAAAAACAGGUUUAUGUUUUAGAAACUGAGCGUUUAUACAAAGCUGUGUGAUUUAAAGUUCAACUGCUGGAACAAAAACAAAAACUCUGGUUUAGUUUUAUUUCUUUUUUCUGAAGUCUGAAACUCAAACGUUAUAUUUCCUGUUCGUGUUUUUAUAUUUUUAAUGCACACAGAUCGUUUCAAUAAAGAACAACAUGAUGAAU